AUGUUAUCUAAAAAUGUUGACUACUUUGAUGGGCUUCGCACAUUCCCUCGUGAUGCCAAUGCGCUGCGUCACCACAGCGCUCGCCUGAACUACACGCUGCAGAAACGGUACAACAUCCCGUCGGAGGUGGCAGAUUUGGCGCUCCAGCCACAGAACACGGAGGAUUUUGAUCAUUACUACCGAAAGCAGGUGAUGCGCAUAAUGGCUCACUUCAACGCGAUGACACAGAGACAAGUAAAGGUGAAGGUGGAUCCUCGUUUGCCGAGGGGGAUGCAGAUAAUCCGCGGCAGCAAUGCGACUGUGCCACCAAAGUCUGGGAAGACGGAGAAGACGAUGUCAGACUGGCGUGCUGCUGCCGCAUCCCCGUCGGCAAAAGUGAACAAAGCCGUCUCGGACCACCACAAGGAUUUGGAUGGGAUGGAGGCAAACCGUAUGAUAACUCAUCUACAGCCAGAGGGGCAGCAGACACCGCAAGGUGUCUCACCGGUUCUUGCAGCGAUGAUGUGCGGCCACACCGUAACGGACGGGAAGGCCACCGUCUCAUCAGACGACCGCUCUACCGUUAUUCAAUCGUCGACGAAAAAGUCAUGUAGGGAAGUCCUUUUUGGCACCCCGCCGGAGUUUAAAGGAUUUACUGCGCUGAUGGAGGCAUCCCCGGCGGAUUCCUUGAUGAGUAAGUCACCUCUGCUUUUUUGA